AUGAGCUGGAGCUUCUUGACACGACUGCUAGAGGAAAUCCACAAUCACUCCACGUUUGUUGGAAAAAUCUGGCUGACCGUUCUAAUAGUCUUCCGAAUCGUUCUGACUGUUGUCGGUGGAGAAUCCAUUUAUUACGAUGAACAAUCAAAGUUUGAAUGCAACACAGAUCAGCCGGGUUGUGAGAAUGUGUGCUAUGAUGCUUUCGCACCCCUAUCCCAUGUACGUUUCUGGGUAUUCCAGAUCAUCUUGGUGGCCACACCACCUCUUUUGUAUUUGGGUUACGCAAUCCACAAAAUUGCAAAAAUGGAGAAUCGGGCUGUAGAGGAAGUAGAAGAAGACAAUGAAGAAGACCCCAUGAUGUACCCAGAGACUGAGCUGGGUAGUGACAGGGGAAAGCAUAGCCAUGGAAAGAUUAAGCAUGAUGGGCGGAGGCGGAUUCGAGCUGAUGGGCUGUUGAGGAUUUAUGUCUUGCAGCUGCUUGUCAGGACAGUUUUUGAGAUGGGAUUUUUGGCCGGUCAGUAUUUGCUUUAUGGCUUUGAAGUUAUCAAGAGAUAUGAGUGCCACAGAGAACCUUGUCCACACACAGUUGACUGCUUUAUAUCCCGGCCUACUGAAAAGACCAUUUUUCCUGUUAAUCAUGUAUGGCGUCAGCUGCCUGUGCCUCCUCCUGAAUGUUUGGGAGAUGCUCCACCUUGGCUUUGGGACCAUACGGGACGCACUUAA